GUGUUUUCUCAUGAGUUAUUGACCUUUGCACUGUAAUGUUUCUCAUUUAGCAGCUGCCCCAGAGCCAUACGGGGAAAAACGUGAGAGAGACUCAGUGAGCUCGGAGGAUGUCAAUGGCAAGUCACUGUGGGACGGUGUGGCUUCUUUUCAAUGUCCUCCUUUUUCUUCAGACAGAGCAGACAGCUGAUUUCAGAUGCGAAAGGCUAACAGAAAUUUUGGAAGGCAAGAUUAGAGUUCAAGACAAUCUUGUGAAACUGGAGCAGGGAUCCAGCAAAAAAAGGAUGCAAUUUGUCAUACCAAAUGCAUGCAAUGUCAACAACGGCAACUGUGAACAGUUCUGCAAAGCUGAACAUGAGGGAGUAGUAUGUUCCUGUGCUGCUGGCUAUGCUCUGGGCAAUGACAACAAAACCUGCAUUCCUGUAGUCAAGUUCCCAUGUGGUAAAAUUCAGAGUAGUCAUGAAGCCAGUCCAGAAGACAUCACAGGAACCAUGGCAAGUCUAGAUGCUCAUCUUGAAAAUGAGAAAAGCGCUGAGGCCUUGAGCAAUCAUACUGAGGUCACAGGGGAAGCUGGCACUUUACCUACUGUGUGUCCAUGGCAGGCUGUUCUAAUUCAUAAGGAUGGUGACAUGUUUUGUGGGGGGACAAUUCUGAAUGAGUAUUUUAUACUUACUGCAGCUCAUUGUGCUAACCAGUCUGAAAAGCCUAUGGUUCUUGUCGGGGAAGUGGACAGAAGAAAGAAAGAGCCAAGCGAAGCAAUACACAUGGUGGAGAAAAUAAUUAUAAAUGACGCAUUUGAUUUAGCGACUUACGAUAGUGACAUAGCCCUUAUUAAAUUAAAGGAACCUAUAACAUUUUCUGAGUAUGUUAUCCCAGCAUGCCUUCCAGAGGAAGACUUUGCUACUGAAGUUCUGAUGAAGCAAGCAUCUGGAAUUGUUAGUGGCUUUGGGAAAAUCUUUCAGCGUGGACGGCUGGUCAAAAGAAUGAAAGUGUUUCAAAUCCCUUAUGUAGACAUGGGUACUUGCAAGCCUGCCAUUCGUAGUCUGGUCACAGAAAACAUGUUCUGUGCUGGUUAUGAUAAAGAUGGAAAAGAUGUCUGCCAGGGAGAUGGAGGAGGCCCCCAUGUAACCCAAUACAAUGGCACUUACUUUGUUACUGGCAUCAUUAGCUGGGGUGAAGGGUGUGGAACGCCAGGAAAAUAUGGAAUAUACACCAACUUGUCAAAGUUCCUACCCUGGGUAAGAAGUGUUUUGACCCAAAACUUUUAAUGGCUUGACAUUUAAUCAACCUAAUUGUCUUAGCCAUCAGAUCUGACCCCUAAGUAAUGCUGUCAUCUUUUUAAUACACCUGCUAAAAUUCUGAUAGUUGAUGCUUCUGUUAAGAGAUGCCAUCUAUUCUUUCAUGAACGAACACCUGGUUUUCAGAAAGUGGGCUUAGACUUCAAAACAGAGCUUUCUGGUUUUGGAAAAUAAUGAAAUUUCUUCAAAAAAGAUCAUUUAGGAACUCCAUCUUCUCUUGCUAUAGUUAAACAAAUUUGUCUAUGGAAGUCUUUGGCUGUGCUAAUAAACCCUCUCCCUUUGCAAUGAAAGUUGGAAUUAAGUCAACAUUUGUGUGUCAGUACUUGCUUUAUAAAAACAAACCAGACUAGGGCAAUAACAAAUUAGGACAGUAUCAGAGUAACACAGUAUUUCUAAAGCCUCAGGGCAAACCGCUUAAUCUUCUAGAUGUAUAUUUAGGCACCCAGAAAAAGCUAGAAAAUGCAGAUAUCACGGAUACAUCUUCCACAUGAGUCUAAAUAACUGGAUGUGUCACACAAACAAAUGCCUUAUUAGAUUUAGCUAAUUGAACUGGAAAACUUGUUUGCAAUCAUCAAAAUCACUCAUGUCCUGAUAUUUUCUUGCUUUCCUUCCAAGAUACUUUCUUCACCAUCAUUAUGCA